GAACAAAGAAAGAAAGAAGAAAGAAAGAAGAAAGAAAGAAGAAAGAAAGAAAAAAUAAAGAAAGAACAAAGAAAGAAAGAAGAAAGAAAGAAGAAAGAAAGAAGAAAGAAAGAAGAAAGAAGGAAGAAAGAAAGAAAGAACGAAGAAAGAAGAAAGAAGGAAAGAAGAAAGAAAGAAGAAAUAAAGAAAGAAAGAAGUAAGAAAGAAGAAAGAAAGAAGUAAGAAAGAAGAAAGAAAGAAGAAAGAAAGAAGAAAGAAAGAAGAAAGAAAGAAGAAAGAAAGAAAAAAGAAAGAAAGAAGAAAGAAAGAAAGAAGAAAGAAAGAAAGAAGAAUGAAAGAAAGAAAAAAGAAAGAAAGAAGAAAGAAAGAAAGAAGAAAGAAAGAAGAAAGAAAGAAGAAAGAAAGAAAGAAAGAAGAAAGAAAGAAGAAAGAAGGAAGAAAGAAAGAACGAAGAAAGAAGAAAGAAAGAAAGAAGAAAGAAAGAAG